AAGAUCAGUAAAGAUGAUUAGGACCAUAUUUCAACAUGCGAAGAAACAUCCUGGGUUAAUCCCUCAAUUUUUCUUUGUGACUUUGGGCAUGACAGGGGCCACCUGCUACCUGAUCCGUCUGGCAAAAGGGCCUCAUGUCACCUUCUGGGACAAGACCAACAACCCAGAACCCUGGAACAGGCUUGACCCAACCUACCAGUACAAGUUAGUGGCCGUCGAAACUGACUACAAGAACCUGAAGAAACAGGGCCCUGACUUCUAA